AGCGAUCCAUACUUACACGAUGAGGCGUGCCCUGCACUCUUCCCUCAUUUUUGCCACUCACUGCAAAAUCUCCAUCCGCACUGGCGAUCGAAUCGUUGUCGGCACUCUGCUGCAUCUCUUCACGCUGGAAGCGCCGUCGAGGUUAUCGAACAGUCUAAUUUUUUAGAGGAGAAAUGACGGUGUUGCGGUCGCGCGAGGUUUUGCCGAGUGUGGCUGCGAAAGCGUCGCCGGAGACUGAGGUGUUCGAACCGGUGACGCCGUUGAAGACCGUUGAAUUAUUGAUCCAACCGUUGAACAGUUGCGGUACGCCGAGUUCAAGCUUCGGUGUAGAGAAGUAUGGCGAUCGAGAAAUAGAGUUGGGGUCUAGCGGCGGUUCUGUUAUGGUUGGGGAAAGUGGAAUCAAACGGAGGUGCAGCCUUCGUUUGGCAUCUAAAGUCGGUGUGAAUGGUUGUUUAGGAAGUGUUAGGGUUAUGAGCGGGAGGAAGAAGAGGAAGGUUGAAGGAAGUUCGUUGAAUGCUGAAAUUGAUGUUGGGAAUUCGAGAGGAGGACGAAGUAAUUCACUGAAAUCUGACGGUAGAGGUGAAAAAAUUGAAUCGGCUACAGAUAUGGAAGGAAGUAUAAAGUUGGGAUCGAAUGACUGUAUGAUGAAACCUAUCGAUUUGGGAGCUGUUAAUGAGCUACAUAAGAAAAAAUCAUCGGAAUUUGAUUCCAAUGAAGAAGCAGUGGUGGAAAAGGGAUUUCUAAGCUUGAGGUCGGGGAAGAGAGUCGAAAAAUUUGAACGGAAAGAACAAAUCAGUGACGGCCAUGGAAUGGAAGAUAUUAACAAUGGUAAAAACCCUAGCCCUGAUAUGAUGAGGGGUGAUAUAUUUGAUUCCAGUUCAGAAUCCGAGUCGAGCAUGGAAGAAUCCGAAGAUAAAAAAAUUGGCAUUUUGAAGAUAAGUUUAGACAAUCCAACGAUUGGUUCUACAAGUUCAUUAAAAACUACAGAUUUGAAAGAUAAAGGUAAAGGUGUUGUUGCUGAAACUGGUGUUCAGACCAGAAGGAGGUUGAGCAGAGAAGAGAAAGGGAAAACUAAAUUGGCAGCAACACCGAUAUCUAUGAGCAACAAUACAGCAGAGCACAUGGUUAAAGAACAUUCCGGAAGCGGCAGCAGUUCGGGUCCUUUACGAUCAGCAGCCAUUGAACCAGUGCAGAAUGGACUCCAUGCGAGGGAGACAACUGUGGCUGCAAAUGACGAAAGAACGGCGUACAGGGAACAGUUUCGAAGAAUUGCUAGGCGCAGUGCAUCUCGAUUUGCCCAUUUCUCGUUCCAUCAGGAGCUAGGGGACUACACUCCCCAUAGAAGAGGCGCUUCAGUCGCGAAAGCAGAAGAUAAUAUUGAAGAUUGGCCCGGUCCCUUUUCUACCGCGAUGAGAAUUAUCAGGGGUCGGGAAACUAAUAAACGGCGUAAUUCGUCUUCUGAUAAAACUGAGGCUGUUGAGCUAAAAUGGGUACCUAAAAAGCAGGAGUUUCAUAAACACUCGAAGCAACCCCCCUCGCUGCAAGACCUCUGCUUGCCGAUUCUUUCCCAGAAUGCCGACGCAAUCAGCUCUCUUGAUUUCGUACCGGAUGUGCUGAGGCACAAAAUGUGUUGGUCUCUUUGCGACAGUCGCAGCAUGGACGGUCAUUUUCUCAAAUUGCUCGUGCAAGGCUCGCCGACAGAGAUUCGUAUACGGGAUUGUUCUUGGCUGUCUGAAGAUCUUUUCACUGCGACCUUUGAAGGUUGCGACAUGAGCAAAUUGACGGUGUUGCAAUUCGAUCAAUGUGGGAGCUGUAUGCCCGAUUAUGCACUAUACAGCACUUUAGCUUGUUCGCCAAAUACCCUGCCUUGUUUAACUAAGAUAUCCUUAAAGGCUGCUUAUCGAUUUUCCGAUGCUGGACUGAGUAUGCUUGUUACGUCUGCGCCUUUUCUUGAAUCCGUAGACGUAAGCCAGUGCCCGUUACUCACUGCUGAGGGAAUCUGCCAUCUGGCAAGCUCUCAGCGUUCGAUUUUACGGGAACUAUACUUGGAUGAGUGUCAAGGAGUCGAUGCUAUGCUAAUUCUCCCGGCCCUGCUCGACUUACAAAAGCUCGAAGUUUUAUCCAUGGCAGGAAUUCAGACAGUUUGCGACGAUUUUGUCGUUACUUUUGUCUCUGCCCACGGUUGCAGAAUUAAGGAGCUUGGCUUAGCAAAUUGCAUGGAGUUGACGGAUGAGUCUCUGAAAGUUAUCGGGGAGAACUGUUCUGAACUUCGAGCAAUAGACUUGGCAAAUCUGAAGAAACUGACUGAUGUGUCUAUAGGCCACCUUGCGAAUGGUUGCAAAGCAAUUCAGACGCUAAAACUUUGUCGCAACGGGUUCAGUGAUGAAGCUAUUGCCGCGUAUCUUGAUCUUCGCGGUGCAUGUCUAAAUGACUUGAUCUUAAAUAGCAUCACAGAGGUUUCGAACCAUACUGCACUAUCCGUUGCCCGGAACUGCAGAAAUUUACGGAGUCUUGAUUUAUCCUGGUGUCGCAAUUUAACCAAUGAAGCAUUUGGAGUUAUUGUCGACUCAUGCUCGUCACUGGAAUUGCUCAAGUUGUUCGGCUGCACACUGGUUUCAAAUGUAUUUCUUGAUGGCCAUUCGAAUCCCAGAGUAAAAAUUAUCGGAACGAAGAUGACGGCUGUGCUAACCCAUAUCGACGUGCCCAAUUUCUUCGCGGGACGUCUGCGAGACUGAGUGACUUCCAUGAGGUGCAGGGAACAUACCACCGGAUUCUAUUGUUCUCCCUCAGUAUGAGUAAAGAUAGCCUCGACUCUGUCAAGAGAUGCCUCCAAGCGCCCGGAAUUCAUGUUAAACAACGGUUCAUCAGUGCCC